UUGUCCCAUCCUUGUUCUUCUUCAUGAUUUCUUGAGAUAAACUAAAACCCGCGAGUGUUCUGCUGUAAAGCCCUGUUCUUUGCUAGAAAGUUGGGUUUUUGUUGUUUGCUAGAAAGUUGGGUUUUUUCUUGCAUUUUUGCUUUAAAGUUUUAGUCUUUUAAGAGUAGGAGAUUCUACUAAGCCUCCAUUGUUAAUGAAAGUUGAGAUCUUGUGAGAGAAUGUUAAAAGUUUUUGCUCUUCUUAGAUGAUUAGAUCUCUCAAAGAAAGGGCCCCAUUUUGUGGUGUUAAUGCUUGGCGUCAGUUGAAGAAAAAAAUAUUCUUUGUUGAAGCUGAGUUUUUGUCACUGGUAGCAGUAAAGCUCUCUUGGAGCUCCAUUGUCACCGAGUUGGUGAUUUUUUCUUGAGUGGUACUGUCUUAUGCUCUCUAAAGACGUCAAUGCUCUUGUUUCUUGAAGAAAAGGCUUUCCGGGUCUCUCUUGUUUUUACUGUUAAAUGGUUGAGACUUGUUUGAAAUUGCUUGUCAUUUAGCUUAACAACUUUUUUCCCUUACAAGACUGAGCUUGUUUCUUCUUGUUAUAAGGAUUGUUUUCUUGUAACAUUCAAGCUGCCAUUGUUGGGUCUAGUUGUGAGCUUGUAAGGUCUGAAAUUUAGUUGGUUUGGUUAGAAGCUAGAAACCCCCUUUCCAGUUUUUGAUAGAUUGAAUAUGAAGCUCUUAAGGCUUUUACUGUUAUCCCUAUUUUUCCUUUCUGCCAUGGGGCAAUUGCCUUCACAGGACAUAUUGGCAUUGCUUGAAUUCAAGACGGGUAUCAAGCAUGACCCCACUGGUUAUGUUCUUGAGUCAUGGAAUGAGGAGUCCGUUGAUUUUGGUGGCUGCCCUUCUUCUUGGAAUGGCAUUGUCUGCAAUGGUGAAAAUGUUGCAGGGGUUGUUCUUGAUAACUUGGGUCUCUCGGCUGAUGUAGAUUUGAGUGUGUUUGCAAAUCUUACAUUGCUUGCCAAACUCUCCAUGGCAAACAACUCUAUAACUGGCAAGAUUCCAGACAAUGUAGGUGACUUUAAAAGCCUUCUGUUUAUGGAUGUGUCGAACAAUCUGUUUUCGUCAUCAUUACCACCAGGGAUUGGUAAAUUAGGGAGAUUAAGGAACCUCUCGUUGGCUGGGAACAACUUCUCUGGCUCACUUCCAGAUUCAAUUUCAGGGUUUGCAUCUAUCCAGUCGUUGGACUUGAGCCGCAACUCGUUUUCUGGGUCAUUGCCAAUGUCAUUGACAAGGCUGAAUAACCUGGUAUAUCUCAAUCUGUCUUCCAAUGGGUUUACCAAGAGGAUUCCAAAGGGAUUUGAGCUGAUUUCAAGUCUACAGGUGCUUGACUUGCAUGAGAAUAUGUUUGAUGGUCAUCUAGAUGGGAUGUUUUUUCUUGAAACCAAUGCUAGUCAUGUUGAUCUCAGUGGAAAUAUGCUAGUGAGCUCUAGUUCUCAGAGAUUACUUCCGGGUAUGUCUGAGAGCAUUAAGCUUUUGAAUCUUAGCCACAACCAGCUUAGUGGGUCACUGCUAAAUGGAGGUGACAUGCAAUUGUUUGCAAGUGUAAAGGUGUUGGAUUUAAGCUACAAUCAGUUGUCAGGAGAAUUGCCAGGCUUUGAUUUUGCUUAUGAGCUUCAGGUCCUUAGGCUCAGCAACAACAAAUUCUCCGGGUAUAUUCCUAAUGACCUAUUGAAAGGAGAUUCUUUGCUCUUAAAUGAACUGGAUUUGAGUGCCAAUAAUCUCUCAGGGCCAAUAAGCAUGAUUAUGUCAACAACACUUCGUGUCCUUGAUCUGUCAUCAAAUGUGCUUGUCGGGGAACUUCCUUUGGUGACGGGAAGCUGUGCUGUGCUUGAUCUAUCAAACAACAGAUUUGAAGGAAAUUUAACCCGAAUGGUGAAGUGGGGGAACAUUGAGUAUCUUGAUCUAAGCCAGAAUCAUUUGACAGGGCCAAUCCCUGAAAUAGCUCCACAAUUUUUGCGUUUGAAUUAUCUCAACCUCUCUCACAAUUCACUUACCAGCUCUCUCCCAGAAGUUAUCACUCAGUAUCCAAAGCUUAGAGUCCUAGAUCUUAGUUCGAACCAGCUAGAUGGAGCUAUGUUAACUGAUUUACUAAUGUCGCCUACUUUGCAAGAAAUCCACCUUGAAAAUAAUUUACUCGAUGGUGCUAUUGUAUUCUCUCCCCCUUCCAAUAGUAAAUCCAAUCUUCAAGUUAUUGAUCUUUCUAAUAAUCAGCUUGAUGGCUAUUUUCCUGAUCGUUUUGAAUCACUUGCUGGUCUUCAAGUGCUCAAUCUUUCAGGGAAUAAUUUAUCCGGUUCCCUUCCAAGUUCCAUGGCUGACAUGAGCUCGCUUAUUUCAUUAGAUUUAUCUCAAAACCAUUUCACAGGUCCUCUGCCAAACAACUUGUCAGAGAGCAUAGGCAGCUUUAAUGUUUCAUAUAAUGAUCUUUCUGGGGUUGUCCCAGAAAACCUGAGGAGGUUUCCAUCUUCUUCUUUCUAUCCUGGAAAUAACAGAUUAAGCCUUCCAAAUGGUCCUCCUGGACCAAACAAUCUUCCUGGUGGAAAUCCUGGGGGGAAACCAAUCAACACCAUUGUCAAGGUGGUAGUCAUUGUUGCAUGUGUGACUGUACUGAUCAUUCUUAUCAUGCUUGCCAUCUUCAUACUUUACAUUCGUAUAAGAAGGAGAAAUCCACCAGGUCAAGUUACAAAUACUGGUAUCCGUAGGCACAUUCAAACAAUCCCCUCUGGCACUAGUGGAACAGGCAAAUCUGGUGCGUUGGUUGUUUCAGCUGAGGAUCUUGUGACAUCAAAGAAAGGAUCAUCAUCUGAGAUUAUCAGCCCUGAUGAGAAAAUGGCUGCAGUAACUGGCUUCUCACCAACAAAACACAGCCAUUUAUCUUGGUCACCAAAGUCUGGGGAUUCAUUUGCUGCUGACACCCUUGCACGACUGGAUGUAGGGUCACCGGACCGGUUGGUUGGUGAGCUGUACUUUCUUGAUGAUACAAUCACAAUGACACCAGAGGAGCUGUCAAGGGCUCCAGCUGAAGUGUUGGGCAGGAGCAGUCAUGGGACUUCUUACAGGGCAACACUGGAUAAUGGGGUCUUCAUUACUGUGAAAUGGUUGAGAGAAGGGGUGGCAAAACAAAGAAAGGAGUUUGCCAAGGAGGCCAAAAAAUUUACAAACAUCAGGCAUCCAAAUGUGGUAGGUUUGAGAGGAUACUACUGGGGCCCCACACAGCAUGAGAAACUCAUUCUUUCGGAUUACAUCUCACCUGGAAACCUUGCAAGCUUUCUCUAUGAUCGACCGGGAAGAAAAGGCCUCCCAUUAACUUGGGUUCAGAGGCUCAAGAUAGCAGUUGAUGUUGCACGUGGCCUGAACUAUCUCCAUUUUGACCGUGCUGUUCCACAUGGGAACCUUAAAUCAACAAACGUACUCCUGGAUGGGCCUGAUCUCAAUGCACGUGUUGUUGAUUACUGCCGCCAUCGACUCAUGACUCAAGCCGGCACCAUUGAACAGAUACUUGAUGCUGGGGUCUUGGGUUAUUGCGCACCAGAGUUGGCUGCUUCCAAGAAGCCACUUCCCUCCUUCAAGUCAGAUGUUUAUGCCUUUGGAGUGAUAAUGUUGGAACUUUUAACUGGAAGGUGUGCAGGUGAUGUGAUUUCUGGGGAAGGGGGGAGCGUUGAUUUGACAGAUUGGGUGCGGUUGAGAGCAAUGGAUUGCUUUGAUCCUGCACUGGUGCCGGAGAUGGUGAACCCCGCAGUUGACAAGGGAAUGAAGGAGGUCCUUGGAAUAGCUUUAAGAUGUAUAAGGUCUGUCUCCGACAGGCCAGGCAUCAAGACCAUAUAUGAAGAUCUUUCGUCGAUAUAGUUUGUAGUCAGUUCCACUUUGAUUGGGACUUGAAUAUGGGGUUUAAUAUCUCAUUGGCCUCUUUUCAUAUCUCUGGUCCUUUGUUCCUUUGCAUUUUAGUGUUGUUAGCAGCUACUGAGAUUAACCAUUGUUGUAUAAAAGGAAUGGAUGGAGGAUUUUCAGUCCAAGGCUAUUUCUUGAUGAUCUUGUGGUCACCUGGAUCAGAAUGUUUGGUUGC